CACGAUUCUUCUUCAGAUCGGCAGUUCUUCGUCGGAACUCCGCCAGUAUGGCUCGUCAUGUGCGGUGGUGCUGUCCUCCAGUGAUAAUGUGCCUAAUUUUUGGCAUUUCUAGUAUGACCUGGAUCACGACUACAAGAGCAGAUUGUUUUUACGAUGACCAAAGGUACGAAGAAGGAGUAGAAGUUGAAACGUUCGAACAUUGUUUGAACUGUACAUGUACUAAAGGUGUUCUACUCUGCUACCUCAGGGUUUGUCCGAACAUUCCAAAUCCACCACCAGUUGGUUGUAUACUUUUGCAUCGUUAUAGGACUUGUUGUCCAGAACUUAUAUGUACAGACUUCGUAGGAGAUGGUAAUGCCUUGGAGGCGAGAUCAGAGCCAGAAGAAUUUGAUCUCUUACCAUUUGAGGGUGAUGAAGAUACUGAUGCUUGUAUUUUCAACGGAAGCAUCUAUGGUUCUGGAUCAGCAAUGGACUCUUCAUCACAAUGCGAAUAUUGUUAUUGCUUGAGAGGGAAACAAACUUGUGUGAAACCUAAAUGUCUUCUUCCAAUAGAUGGUUGUACUCCAACUUAUGACACUAACCAAUGUUGUCCUGUCCAGUAUAAUUGUUCAUUAGAUAUUUCAGUGAGCAGUACCACAACUACAAUGAUUCCGAAAAUAAAAUCUAGUACAGGUGGUUGUUUGGUAGACAAUGAAUUUUAUGCAGAAGGUGACAAAGUACUUGGUAUUGGACAUUCUGCUUGUGAUAACUGUUACUGUCUGAGAGGCAUGUUACGUUGUGAACCCUUAUCUUGUGCUCCUCCUCUUCUUGGAUGUACGCCUAUAAUAAAAUCUGGAGAAUGUUGUGCUGCAAGUUACAACUGCACCGGAAGCAUAGAGAUCAACCCUGUACCAAACUACGGACAAUAUCCAAUAGUUAGUGCAGAGUAUUCUAAACUACGUAAAGAACAACCUAAGAGACCAUACUCGUCCCAUUCUUAUAAAAAUAAUAAACCCCAGAAUCACGAAUCAAAUGAUCCUUUCUAUGUCAUUGCAGAGACACCGAUAUCUAAUAACAAAGUUCAUCGAAAUCAAGAUAGUUCGGGAACUACAAGGCAAUUCUCAGGAUUUUAUUUCAAUCCAAGUACAACGACUCCUUUCUACUACAAAUCUAUGGUAAGAGAAGGUGCUUCUACCAACGGGUUUAAACAUGUGACAAGGAGUUAUCCUGAAAGUAAGUUUAGAAGCAGCACCCUCAAUGAUAAUGACAUUCUAAGAAAAAAAGACCAAGAACUUCAGAUAACAAUAGAUUCAAGAGGAAAAAGCACAACACUUAAUCUUCUCGAUACCAAAAUAACGAAUGAUUUCAAUUAUAUAGUUGACACAACUACAGAAAUUUUCAACGUGGAAGAAACAACUAAUUUCACAGAACAAACUAUUGAAACCACGUCCACAAUUGAACCGGAUCUGACAGAAACUACAUAUACCAAAAACGAAGACUACUCAACAACAACAACUGAAGAAUUUACAACAUUGAAAGAAACUCCAACUACAGCGGAUGAAAACAUUUCCGAAACAAUAACAAUCAAAUCUGUAUUGAAUUCAACUGAUUGUACUAACGGUACUGAUUCGGAGCAAAUACUAGCCGAAAAAAUCAAUGAACUAGCAGAAACAAAUCAAUAUACACCUUCUACUGAAGUGUCCAGUAGUGAAUCAACAGAUAUUACAGAAAUUGAUUUGCAAAGCAGUUUCGCUUCUGUAGAUGGUGGUUUUCCGAAAGUUAAAAAUGGAUCGAAAAUAACGAGUUUAUUGAAUGCAUCGAAAACUAAGGAAAACGAUUAUGAUUUGGAUUACAAUGAUCCUUCUUUACCGCCAUCUUUACCAAAUCUACAUAUUAUACCAUUCUUGGCGGCUGAUGCUCUGGACAGCAAAAAAGGAAAUGACAAAACAGUCUACGCUCAGGAUAAAUCGUCAAAUGAUUCUAUUGAGUUCACGAAUUUAUUUUCUCCUCCAGAAAAAACAGAAGGAGGUUUUGUUCCAAAUAGUAACCCUGUCAUUUUGGAAACCCUUUACGAUAAUGCAGUGACAAUACCUUCCUCAUCAUCAUCAACAGAAAAUCCACCAGCUAGCUGUUCAUCAAGGGGAGAAAAUAUCCUACAUGGCCAAUCUGUAGCAUCGGAUUCUCCAUGCACGACUUGUACUUGUUUUUAUGGUAACAUAGUCUGCCAGAAGGUAUCAUGCCCAUUACCCAAACCAAAUUGUAGAAAAUCUAUAGAAGAUUUAAAUUUGUGUUGUCCUGUGUAUUUAUGUGAUGAUGUCGACAGCCCUGUUAAUGUUCAUCGUAAAAAUACUCCUGGAAACAAGGAACCAACAUUGGAUCCGUUCAAAGAUGUCAUCAAAACUGAACCAGCACCAGACCUUCAAUCCCUGAUGGUAGAUAUGCUGCCACACCUUACAAAAAAAACCACCAAAGAACCAACUAUUUAUAUAACAACUCUUCAGCCAGUUACAGUACAACCAGAAGCAGAGAAGACCAUCGAUAAAAAAGACGACACGUUAGGCUUAGAUAAAGUAUUGAAGCUUCUUCUUGGAGGAUUAGAUGAUCGAAAAGCAACUUCAUCCUCCCACGAGGAACCGAUAGCAAAAAACUCUGGAAACCCAGCAGUUACUGAUGUUCUGAAUAAUUUGGAAAAUGAAGAUCGAAAUUCCAGUGCAGCAAUUCUCAAACUGGCUGGUUGUAAUAUUUACGGAAGGAUGUACAGGGUGGGAAGAAUCAUAUCCGAACUAUCUGGACCAUGUUUAGAAUGUAAAUGUACUGAAGUUGGAGUCCAAUGUAAACAAUUAACGUGUUGAUUGCCUUUUGUAUGUUUACAUCUGUUGAUUGAAAUAUAUAUAGGAAAAGCACAGAAUAACUCAAGUCUGAGUUCGAAUUGAAAGACAGAGACCUAAUGGAGAUGAAGUGUUAUCGUGUACUGUUCCUCACUGAAUAUUUAUAAGAUGUACAAUUUGAAUUAUUUCGAAAGUUUCCUUGAAAAAUUUAUAUGUUUGGUAGAUGUUUAAUUACACUACACAGUGCCUAAUAGGUAUAAGUGACUAAUAAGAAAGCCAAAUUAGAAAACAGUAAACAUAGAAGA